AUGCGGCCACGUAUGCCGUUUGACGACGUGGCCUGGGAAAGAAGUGAAUCAAUCGAAGAUGCUUGGGUCAGUUACAUCCUCAAACACGACAAUCUACGCAAGGUGGGCGAUUUCAUCGUCAAGCACCACAAGCGCACCCCUACCGAACUAUGUAGCCCCCAAGGCGGGGCCUUCAAUGUCUCCUUUCGCAUGAAGUUCCAGAUCGGGAGCUCGGUUAUGAUUCGACUUACGAAGCCGGGGUCGACGAUGUUCCCUGAGGAAAAGACACGGUAUGAGGUUGCGGCCAUGAGAUAUGUCCAGGAUCAAACCUCGAUCCCGGUGCCCUUGGUCCUGCACUUUGGCAGUAAGGAUCAGGGCCCGCCUGUCCAAGGAUCAGGAGCGUUCAUGUUGAUGGAGUAUGUCGAGCAUGCGCUCACCAUGAAUGAAGCGCUCAUCACGCCAUCGUUGAAGAUAGAAGAUCGACCAAUCCUGGACCCGUCCAUCGAUGAAGACAAGCUGGAGAGGCUCUAUGGCGAGAUGGCCGACGUCCUCCUACAGCUCUCGAGAGUGACGUUGCCCCAGAUCGGGAGCCUGACGCAGGUGGAUGACUUCACAUGGGAUUCCAGCUCACGACCUCUCACAUUCGCCAUGAAUCAGCUUGUCAGCCUCGGGACUCUGCCACGGUCCAAACUACCAAGGAGACAUUUUGGUUCAGCCCAAGCUUACUUUGAAUCCCUGGCGGACCUUCACAUGGACCAUCUGGUUCACCAACGAAACGACGCCGUCGACUCAGAGGAUGAUUGCCGCCGCAAAUACGUCGCCAGAUUCCUGUUCCGCAGACUCGGGCGAGAAGGCCAGUUGACUUCACCCGAAACCGACCACGGUCCAUUCCCUCUAUGGUGCGACGAUUUCCGACCUGCAAACGUUCUUCUGAAUGACAAAUUGCAGAGUGUCGGCGUAGUCGACUGGGAGUUCUCAUAUGCCGCGCCGGUAGAGUUCACCCGUGCGCCGCCAUGGUGGCUUCUCCUCGAGCAGCCGGAGUACUGGCCCGAAGGGCUUGAUGCGUGGAGCGAUACAUACGAACUACGUCUAGAGACCUUCCUCAGAGCGCUAGAGAAGUGCGAGGACACCGCUAUUGAACGCGGGAGAUUGUCCGAGGACCAGAGGCUUUCAGGACAUAUGCGACGGAGCUGGGAAACGGGCGAGUUCUGGGUUGUGUAUGCUGCCCGGAAGCCUUUUGCGUUUGACGCGAUCUUCUGGAAGAAACUGGACACGCGGUUCUUUGGGCCGUGCACUCUUUCUAAUGAGGAUCGGUGGAAGGAGAGACUGGAAUUACUUGAUGAGAAGGGGAAGGAGGACAUGGAAGCUCUGGUCAAGCGGAAGAUGGAAGAGGCGAAGGAGCGCCUUCUCGCGUGGGAACCGGAUGAGGCCACACGGGAAUUUGCUCGGGUUUGUGAUGGGGAUCAGGCGAAUUCUCCUCCUGCGUGA